CCGGCCUGUUUCCCAAAUGGUAUGUAUUUCCUAGCAUAAUUUUGCAAUCCAAUUCUUUCAAUUGGUCAGGCAGAAUGCCUUUGAGCGUACCCUGUGUCCCAACAGGCAUGAAAACUGGUGUAUCUACGACACUGUGAGGCAAUGUCAUCUCUGCAACACGAGCUUUUGUAGUAGAACAUUCUGCAAUUAUUUUAAAUGUCAAAGCAUGAGCUCUCUUCGUCGCCAUCUUUGGUAUCCCCGAUUAAUUGGGAAUUCCCUUAUUUUUAACCAAUCAAACACCUUCUUACUUAAGAAAUUACCAAUGAAGACUUCUGUUUCAAAUAAUUCUGUGCGCAUGCGUGUAUAUCAUUUCCAAGAUGGAGGACAUAGACGGGAAGUCCACAUAUGCCCAAACAAAUUCACCAUGUAUUGAGUCGAAAUACACGUCAAUAUCUCUUACAAACGCACAAUAUACUAAAGGUGAUUUUGUUGGAUAUGUGUUCGCUUGGUUCAGCUUAGUACCUAUCGCUCUGAUUGUGUCAUUCCUUACCUUGAUAGUGUUUAGGAGAGAUCUUCACACAAUCUCGUAUUUCUGUGGUAUACUGCUGAAUGAAGCUUGUAACUGGAUUCUGAAACAUACAAUUAGAGAACACAGGCCCCCCAGAGAAAUAACAGUGCUGUUCACAGAAUAUGGAAUGCCAUCUAGUCAUGCACAGUUCAUGUUUUUCUUUGCAACUUAUAUGAUAUUAUUCUUAUUUAUACGGGUGUAUAAAAAUUAUAACCUGAUAGAUGAUCUAUGGAAAUAUGCUGCAGCUUUUGGAAGUCUUACGGUAGCAGGACUGGUAGGCUAUGCCAGGAUAUACUUAGGGUAUCACACAGGAAGUCAGGUGUUAUGGGGAAGUGUGAUAGGUGUUCUGUUAGGCACCAUCUGGUUUACUGCUGUACAAGUUGUGUUAACACCCUUCUUCCCGUAUAUAGCAUCAUGUCCUUUAGGUGAGCUUUUAAUGGUACGGGAUUCCACAUUAAUACCACAUGUAUUCUGGUUUGAAUAUACAUCAACACGUUCAGAAGCGAGAAACAGACAGCGAAAAGUGACGUCACGGAAAUCCCAAUAGCAGUAGUUUUAUUUAUCUAGCUCUUUAAAUUAAUUUAUUAUAUUAUUAUUAAAAAUUUUAAAAAGUCAUGUUUUUAAAUUUCAUGUUUUAAACAAAUCAUCAUUGUCGGCAUCAUUCUUCUGCUCACUUUUACUUUUUACAUGUUGUGUAAUUAUGAAUUAUGAUUAAAAACUUUUGUGAUCAAUUUUACUGUGAAAUAAAAA